AUGGGGUACAGAACUCUCUUCUUUGCACUGUCUUUUAUUCUCUUUGCUUAUUAUAUUUAUAUACCCAUGCCGGAAGGCAUUGAUGAUCGCUGGAAACUGGCUGUCAUAGAUGCUGCUAUAAAGAUUGCUUCAAAUCUGGCUGAGUUUACUGAAGCAAUGGGUCUUAUGAAAUACGAAGAAUUUCUUCGUAGCAUAAUGAAUCUCCAACUUACAAACCCAAUUUCAGAUGAAAACCUUACAGUGAUUGAUGUGGACUUCAGGGACAUCCCUGUUCGCCUGUACUUGCCUAAAAGGACAUCAGAGAGACAGAGACCUGCUGUGAUUUACUUUCAUGGUGGUGGCUUUGUCAUAGGAAGUUGUAAGAUGUCGAGCUACGACUUCCUGAACCGAUGGACAGCAAUGAAGCUUGAUGCUGUGGUUGUGGGAGUGGACCACAGACUUGCUCCAAAAUAUCCAUUCCCAAUUGCCUUCGAAGAUUCAAUUUCCGUGGUCAAGUUCUUUUUACAGUCUACAGUUCUUGCAAAAUACAAAGUUGAUCCAGCUCGCAUCUGUGUCUCAGGGGAUAGUUCUGGAGGAACAUUGGCAGCAGCAGUGUCUCUCAUGCUACAGAGUGAUCCAGAAAUCAAAAAUAAACUUAAGGCUCAAGCCUUAAUAUCUCCUGGCUUACAGUUGAUUGAUAGCUUCAUGCCAUCCCAUCAAUUAUAUCAACAUGGUCCUCUUCUGACACGGGCGGUAGCAGCUAAAUUAAUCAGCCGUUUUGUUAGUGAAGGCAAAAUGCUGUACCAGGCAAUAAUGAAAAACCAACACAUGCCUGAAGAAUCGAGACCUUUGUUCAAGUUUGUCAACUGGAGUACCUUUCUUCCUGAAAAGUAUAAAAAGAAUCAUAUUUAUACUGAACCAAUUCUGGGGAAACUAAAUGUUUCAAAUCCAAACUUUAUGGAUAGCAGGGUGUCCCCUUUGCUGGCUACUGAUGCCCAGUUACAGAAGUUGCAGUUAACUUAUUUGCUCACUUGUGAGCAUGAUAUUCUCAGAGAUGAUGGGCUUAUUUAUGUUGCACGACUUAGAAAAGUUGGGGUUCAGGUUACUCAUGACCAUCUAGAGAAUGGGUACCAUGGAGCUCUGUCUUUUGCAACUGCACCAUUUAAUUUGAAUCUAGCCUUGAAAAUCAGAGAUAAGUACACUAGCUGGUUAAAAAAUAAUCUAUAG